GUUGGUUUUGAAGCCCUUCCCUGAUUCGAUAUGUUUGGCUUCGGCAAACCUGCACCUGAAGGCACCCCUGCCGCCGCGGCCCCUGCUGCCGCACCUGCGCCUGCAUCGUCUGGAGGAAACCAAGGUGGCUAUUCCUUCGACCCCACGGGUCUUGAACGAGCUGCCAAGGCGGCCCGUGACUUGGAAAAGGCCAAGUAUGCCAAGGAAGCUUUCCAAAUGGCGAAGGAGACCGAAAAGACCAAGCAGUUAGAACACCAAUCCAAAAUCAAGGAGAACGAAGCGCUGUACAAAGCAUAUGAAGUGCAACGCAUUCAAAAGGAAGGCGAAGAAAACCGCAAGAACAUGGAAGCCCAGACGGAGCACAACCAGCGCCGCGCGCAGUACCAAGAUCAGUUGAAGCGUAAGCAAUGGGCCGACCAGCAAGCUGCCCAAAAACUUUUCAAGGAACAAGAGCUCAAGAAACAAGAAGAAAUGCUUGCACGCCAAGAAGCGUCGCGCCGCAAGACAUUGGACUACGAAGCCGAAUUGCGUACCAAGACAGAAAUGGCCAAGGUCGCGGCAGAAGUCGAAGGCCGCAUCAAGCAAGAACGCCUGAACCACGACUUGCAUCUGGAGGAGGCCCGCGUGCGCGCCAAGGAAUACCGCGAGACCGUCAUGGAAGGCAUCAAGUUGGCCACAAACACAAUCGGAACUGGUGUCAUGGCGUUCCUCGGCGACUCGGAAAAGUUGACGGCGACAGUGGUGUCUCUAUCGGUGUUGGCGCUUGGGGUGUACACCGCCAAGGUGUCGACGGGAGUAACUGGUCGUUACAUCGAAGCACGACUCGGCAAGCCGUCGUUGGUGCGUGAAACGUCGCGGCGCUCGAUUGUGCAAGUGCUAGCCAACCCCAUUCCUUCCAUCAAGCGCGUCCUCCGCCUCGGAACGCCCACGGACGCCCUCGCUGGUGUCGUUCUGGAGCCCAAGCUCGACGAACGUCUGCGCAGCGUCGCGUUGUCCACGUUCAACACGAAGAAGAACCGCGCGCCGUUCCGUCACUUGUUGCUGCACGGUCCUCCCGGUACUGGUAAGACACUGUUUGCAAAGGCCUUGGCCCGUCACUCGGGCUUGGAGUACGCCAUCUUGACCGGCGGUGACGUCGCUCCGCUCGGCCGUGAAGGCGUGACAGAAAUCCACAAACUGUUUGACUGGGCAUCCCACAGCAACCGCGGGUUGCUCAUGUUUGUCGAUGAAGCCGAUGCGUUUCUCCAAAAGCGUAGCAACGCUGUCAUGAGUGAAGACAUGCGCAAUGCUUUGAACGCGUUCCUGUACCGCACGGGCGAAGCCAGCGACAAGUUUAUGAUCGUGUUUGCGUCCAACCAACCGGAACAAUUCGACUGGGCCAUCAACGAUCGCAUUGACGAAAUGGUCGAGUUUAUGCUCCCCGGGUUGGACGAACGCGUGCGCAUGCUGCAGCAAUACGUGGACAAGUACUUGUUGCAGUCGAACUCGAAGGCCAAGAAGAUCAUCGUCAAGGACAUCGAGACCGCGGACUUGGUCGCUGUCGCCGAACGCAUCGACGGAUUCUCGGGGCGUGAAAUCUCCAAGCUCGUGAUUGCUUUCCAGGCCGCCGCGUACGGGAAUGCCAACUCGGAGUUCACCAAGGAGUUGAUGGAGGAAGUGCUCGACCACCACAUGGUGGCCCAUCGGCAAAAGGAAGAGUGGAAGGCGUACGAGAUUCCCCACAACACGCACAAACUCGUGUCCGAUUAAGACAAAUAGAUUGAUAAUAGAGCUCAUUUGCAUGCAA